CUAUUAGUAUAACGACAAUAGUGAAGUGGCUGGUGCUUAGCAACCGCAAACGCUAUUACCAUUAGGAGGCCGAAGUUUUGGUGAUUGACUUGCAUUUUACCCAAUCACAAACGCUCUUUAAAUACACGUAAAUUCCGAUGACGAAUUGGCUUUUCGAUGGGUGUGGCCAGUGACGGAAAGUCACGAAAAAUCUUGGUCCAAUUUAUCAAAGCAAGAAAUGUCCACUUGUGGUCCAGCUAGAACCUCUUUACCGGCCUCCUUACUCUCAGAUAGUUUUAUUCGUGUAAGAGUUUGUCUUUCUAACAGACAUUAGGCAAAAAUUAAAACAAUUAAACGGAUAAUUUAAUAAUUACUUGUUGUUGAAUAAAUGCAACAAUUGUGCUUCUUUUUUAGUUUCGCCUUUUUAAGCAGGUUACCUGCUCUCCUGUAUGUUCACAUUUAAUUGAUAAAUAUAAUGUAAUAUAAUUUUAUAUAAUUGUAAAACCCAAUGUACAUCAUAGUAGUCCUAUGCAAUUUUAGGUUUGCUAAAGAUAUUUUAUGAAGUGAACUGAUAUACUGGAAACCUUUACAUGCGAUGUCGUCCGAAAUGAGUUUGUAUGAGUUGCUGGACUUGUCCAUGGGCGCGACACAGGCGGGCACCGUUAACUUUUGUGCUCUUCGCUCCCUCCUUUGCGCCAUUCUGGAGCGGCUUAACCUGGUCCAAAACGGAGACCGAACCGAGGGGGCUGACUCUCCGCUCCAGCCGAAGCCGGGUCUUUCGCCGAGGAGGUCGGUCUCCCACUGUCAGCAGAUAGAAGAAAAUCUGAGGCGUGUCGAGGAGCAGAUGGUGGCGCUGGAAAGGCUGCCUAGAGGCUCCGACUUAAUAAGGUCCAAGUCCGAAGUGACGGUCAGUGAGAUGUGGCAGAUAAUGCAGAUCAGCCGCAAGGUCCAGGCGAACGAGGAUGGUGUGUCUCAGGCCAUGGCUCUGAUCCAGGACCUGCUGACAGAGAUCCGUGACCUUCGGGAGGCCCGGGACACCCUGACGAGUGAGGUGAAGGGUCUGCAGGAGAUGCUGUCCCAGCUGAAUUUGACUGAGCUCCGGGACAGAACCUCAUCUCUGGAACAGUGCUGUCACCAAGUGUCCGGCAUGGAGAAAACUCUGGGGGAGCUGCAGGAACGUCUAAAGCUGUAUCCCCAGUCGACAGAGCUUACGCAGUACGUCUCAUGGGAGGUGCUACAGGACACACUAGUCGGAGAGCGGGAGCAGACCAGACAGGAGCAGCCAUUCGUGGCCACGCCCACACAGGUGGACACCCCAGAGACCACGCCCCCACCCCCGUCCAGGGUUGUGUCCGCAGCCCCCCCUGCACCCACAACUGCCGGGUCUACGCCCCUCCCCCCUCCCGAUGAGGUUGUGGCUCCUCAGCACGUGUGUUCGGAUGCGCCGAUGACUGGCGCUGAAUGUUACCCGGAGGCGGUAGAGGCCCUGCAGCAUGUGGGACGCCUGCGGGACGCCCACGAGGUGCUGGGGACCCGCGUGAUGCGUCUGGAGAACGGCAAGGCCGACCAGAACGAGCUGCAGGCUCUGAGAGAUCUGCUGGGCCGUGCAGCCAACAGGCAGGAACUCGACAGGCUGCAGGCAGAGCUGAGUCACCUCCAGGUGCAGACGGACCUGCUGACCGCGGACAGGGAGAAGAAGGUGGCACUAUUGAGCGACAUGCAGGAAGCUGUCUUACAGUUGCAGGCUGAGUGCGAGAAGCUCCAUGACUGCACCCGUCACCUGGAGGAGGAGUACAGCCUGAGGCAGAAGCACAUUGAUGAGUUGUACAAAUCCAUGGAAGAGCUGAUAGAGAAGAAAGCUGACAAGGACCAUGUGGAGAUGGAGAUUGAAAUUAAAGCUGAUAAGGGAGCCUUGGAGACCAAGGUGAGCCGCAAGCAAUUUGAUGAAAUGACCAAGCACCUUGGUGCCAUGUUGGAGGAGCUGCUGGGCAAGGUGUCAGACCAGGAGCAGGACUGGCACAGAAUCAUCGAGAAGAUCUCUGGCCAGAUGGACAGCAAGCUGGACUCGGUGAAGAAGCAGCUGGAGGGUCGCUGGAAGCUCAUUCUCAAGCACCCUCAGAUGCAGCCGACACAGGAUGAUGCAGCCGGCAUUAGGAAACAGCUAGUGAACCAGGUCCACUGCAUCUCCUGCGACCGUCCCAUCGCCGCGUCAGUCCCUGGACCACACCUGGUGACGGUUCCUCUGGCCCCCAGCUUUCCGCCGCACAAGUCCAGCCGCCCCCACAGCUUCUAUGAGAUGGAGCAGGUCCGUCAGCACUACCAGAGUGAACGAAUCCCGGAGCCGGAAGGGAGUGGCUUCCUGCCCAUGUCCCGCGGUUGUGGGGGCAGCCACACCCUGACACAGCCCAGCCGGCGGUACCUCCGCCAGCAGCAUCUCGCCCACGCCGCCCCACCGGAAGAAGAGGCGUCACCACAGGGAGCCAGGCGCGCUCAGGCCGAGGAGAUGGACGUUCUGGGCCUGGAUGGACACGUAUACAGGGGCCGUCAGAGGAGCAUGGAGAUCAGGCUGCCCAACAUCUCUAAGGAGGGCACUGACAGAAGCAGAGCAGCCAAGACGGCACUGCCGCAGAGGGCUGGCGCCACAGAGCUGGGCUCCAGGACCCCACGGCGCCCCCACAGCGCCGAAUCCCAACGCGGCCCGGCAGGUCAGUGUCAGGCACAGCUUGGGUGGAUGAACCUCAUGUACAAUUGUGGAAGUAUUGCGUUUAUUCUUGGUCGUCAAGAACCUUCCAGCACUUGCCUGACAGGACAGGCUGCUUCUUCUCUAGGAUGUAUUUGUGAGACCGACGCCCCCAUUUCUCUGGCCCAGCCAGCAUUGGACGGCCAGCUGGACUUCAGCCAAUCACCAGAGGAUGGGACUCUGACAUCACUAUAGACUGACUGGGGGUGAAGAGGAGAGUGAAUGUUGAGGGGGGGUGCAAACUGGAUUUAAAAAGCAUCUCUAAUAAAUCGUUUCAAUAAGCACCA